UCUCUCAUGGAGAGGGCUGCCCUAGAAGGAUCAUGUAGAAGGGGAGCCUGGAGCAGCAUCCCGGGAUGGAGUUAUCUCUUGGCAUCCAUAGGCAGACCGUGGGGAGUGAAGGGAUGGAAGCCUGUUACCCAAACCACGUGUGAUUUGGUUCAGAUUCAUUUCAAAAUAUGGCUGAGCAAACAUUCAGGUACUUUUCCCCAACGCUGGCUUCCAAGCUAUAGUCCCACGGAGAAGUGUAGGUUUUCUCCCCAUAUGGGGUUCCCAAAUCGCCUUGACCCAAAGCUUAGGCGUUGGGAUGGAGGGGUCUGACUUCAUGGAGCUCUCGGGUCCCUCCAUCUCUCCUCUCGGAUGCUGGGAUCCCGAGUGGAACAAGGCAGAGUGUGGAAGCGAUGCUUCCUCUCUGCUGGCUGAUGAGACGCGAGCUGCUUGUGUGUGAGCUUGCCACCGCCGAGCGGAGGGAGCCCAAGCGAUGAUCUGCCUGCCGGGGAGUAGUUUUUCUAGUCCUCUUCCUGAGCCGCGCUCUUCCUACAGAGUCAGUCCUCCAAAGAGGAGGUGGGAGGGGGGGUUAAAAUUUAAUUAGAAGACACCGUGCUUGGCCCGGCGGAGCUUAACGCUUAACAGAGAUUUAUAUAAGCCACUCGCAGGACAAGGCUGCUGCUGUGUGAGCUUCUGGUCGGGCUCGGCUACUGCAGCCGGGGGACUGGACUGCUCCCAACAUUAGGGCAUGCCUCUGGAGGCUGCCCAGGAAACACACUGAAAGAAAGAGGAGUUUGUGGAGGGUUUGGACCCUGGCUUCCAGCAACAGCCUUCUGCCCUCCCCGGAUAAAACCUUGCCGGUCUAACAGCAGGCAGGCAGGCAGUCGUGGGAGUGGACGCCGGCCGGGCAAGAGGCAGGGGGAAGAGAGGAUGGCUUCGGUGUUCAUGUGCGGCGUGGAGGACCUGCUCUUCAGUGGCAGCCGUUUCGUGUGGAAUCUGACGGUGUCCACGCUGAGGAGAUGGUACUCAGAGAGGCUCAGGGCUUGCCACCAGGCACUGAGGACGUGGUGCGGGCUCAGGGACAUAUACCAGAUGACGGAAGGCCGACAUUGCCAAGUACACCUCCUUGAUGACAGGAAACUGGAAUUGCUGGUGCAGCCCAAACUUUUGUCAAGAGAAUUGCUGGACCUCGUGGCAUCACAUUUCAACCUCAAAGAAAAGGAAUAUUUUGGAAUAACAUUUAUAGAUGACACAGGUCAGAGCAUCUGGCUGCAACUAGAUCACCGAGUUCUUGACCAUGACUUGCCCAAGAAACCAGGCCCAGCCACUUUGUAUUUUGCCGUGAGGUUUUACAUUGAGAGCAUAUCAUUUUUGAAGGACAAAACAACUGUGGAGCUCUUUUUUCUGAAUGCAAAGUCUUGCGUGCAUAAGGGCCAGAUCGAGGUAGAAAGUGAAACAGUCUUCAAGUUAGCCGCGCUCAUUUUGCAGGAAGCCAAAGGGGACUAUACCAGUGAUGACAAUGCCAGGAAAGACUUAAAAACCCUGCCCGUGUUUCCUACACAGACGCUUCAGGAGCACCCAUCCCUUGCUUAUUGUGAGGACCGAGUAAUUGAACAUUAUCAAAAAAUCAAAGGUUUGACUCGAGGACAAGCAAUUGUUAGGUAUAUGAAAAUAGUAGAAGCUCUGCCUACUUAUGGAGUCCAUUACUAUGGAGUAAAGGAUAAACAAGGGAUUCCCUGGUGGCUUGGGAUCAGCUAUAAAGGAAUUGGCCAGUAUGAUUUGCAAGAUAAAGUGAAACCUCGAAAGUUAUUUCAAUGGAAACAGCUGGAGAACUUAUAUUUCCGUGAAAAGAAAUUUGCCGUCGAGGUUCAUGACCCUCGCAGAAUUUCAGUAUCAAGAAGAACGUUUGGGCAGAGCGGACUUUUCGUGCAGACCUGGUAUGCCAACGCUUCUCUCAUCAAGUCCAUCUGGGUGAUGGCAAUCAGUCAACACCAGUUUUACUUGGACAGGAAACAAAGCAAAGCAAAAAUUCCCUCUGCCAGGAGUUUAGACGACAUCGCCAUGGACCUAACUGAUACAGGCACACCAAAGGUUUCCAAAAUGGUGACUCUGGAUGCAAAGAAUCAGUUCAUCAUGGCAAGCAACGGCAGCUUGAUUUCCUCAGGUUCUCAAGACUCUGAGGUCAGUGAGGAACAGAAGAAAGAGAAAAUCAUGGAACUGAGAAAGAAAGAGAAGCUGCUCCAGGAAAAGCUUCUGAAGAAGGUGGAGGAGCUCAAGAAGAUUUGCCUGCGAGAGGCAGAACUCACUGGUAAGAUGCCAGAGGAGUACCCGCUGAAUUCAGGAGAAAAACCCCCUCAGGUCAGAAGGCGUGUAGGCACCGCAUUCAAAUUAGACGACAACCUGCUUCCCAGCGAGGAGGAUCCUGCCUUACAAGAGCUGGAAAGCAAUUUUGUCAUACAGCAAAAAUUGGUGGAAGCUGCCAAGAAGCUUGCCAAUGAGCCAGACCUCUGCAAAAAUGUAAAAAGAAAACGGAAGCAAGACUAUGCGGAUGCCGUGAAGAAGCUCCAGGAGAUUGAGAAUGCGAUCAAUGAAUACCGAAUUACAUGUGGCAAGAAACCGAGUCAGAAGGCAACUCUCAUUUUACCAGAAGAUAUAAUCCCCUCUGAAAGCAGUUCUUUGUCAGAUACCACGACCUAUGAUGAUGCCAAUGACUCCUUCACCCUUCCUGCCCAGCGGUCCAGUUCAGUUCCGCAUUCUCCGAGAAUUCCUCCACCCAAGUCUCUUGGUCUGGAGAGAAUCCGCUUCAGGAAGUCUUCCAUUAAUGAACAACUCAUGGAAGGCCGACAGUCCAGAGAAAUAUUGUCGACACACAGCAGUCCCUAUAGGACUCUGGAGAGACGUCCCCAGGGGGGCAGAAGCAUGCCAACCACCCCUGUUCUCACCCGAAAUGCCUACAGCAGUAGCCAUUUAGAGCCCAACUCUUCCCCACAGCACUGCCGGCAGAGGAGUGGAAGCCUGGAGUCUCAGACCCAUCUGCUCUCUGAGCUGGAUGGUGACAAGCCAUUCUUUUCCCUUUCCAAAUCCCAAAGAAGUAGCAGCACAGAAAUCCUGGACGACGGCUCCUCCUACACGAGCCAGUCAAGCGCAGAAUAUUAUUGCGUGACGCCCAGUGCCGGCCCAUACUACGCCACACAAACUCUUGACACGCGCACGAGGGGCCGAAGGAGGUCCAAGAAGCACCACGUCUCGACAUCCAACUCCGGGAGCAUGCCCAACCUGGCCCCGAAGGACAUGAGGAAUGGCAGCUACCCAAAGAGUCAUGAUCAGCCCCCUUGCAACUACUUCAUCUCCGGGUACCCGCCCUACGGCGAGUGUGAUCUUUACUAUAGCGGAACGUAUGUUUUUGAGAAUGACACCGAGGGGCAGUACAGUGUGAACCCUUCCUAUCGCACGUCGGCGCACUACGGGUACGACCGUCACAAGGAGUACAGGUCUUACCACGAGGACGAAAUGGACCGGGUGCCCCACAACCCGUAUGCAACUCUCCGACUGCCCAGGAAGGCACCCGUGAAAUCUGAGCACAUCACCAAAAACAUUCACAAAGCCUUAGUAGCAGAGCACCUGAGGGGCUGGUACCAGAGAGCCUCUGGACACAAGGACUUGGGUCACGGCUUGCAGGCAAGCUUUGAUUCUGACCGAGGCUCUCAGAGGAGUCUGGGAUUCUCUCCUCUGCAGGUGCCCUGCUCCCCAAGCAGUCGAGCUUCUUCCUAUACUUCAGUGUCUUCCACAACUGCCUCUGGGAACUGGCGGACACAGAUAACAUUAGGGCUGGCUGAUCCCCUCUCACAUUCUUCCUAUACCAGCUACUGUGGCAACGUCUACAAUCCUUUGCCACCUCCAAGCAGACAGUACGCCGAGGCCAGUCAACUGGACUGUACAGAUGGGAGCCGGCUGGAAAACGACAUGGACAGUAACGAACAGAGGCUCUAUUGGCACGAAGAUUCAAAGCCCGGAACAUUAGUCUGAACUGCCACCAGGACCACUUUUGUUCAAGCUCUGCAUUCUAACCCCAGUGUGCCUUGCCCAGUGUGCUGUUCUUCUGAAAAGGACAUCUUCAGAGAUUCCCCAAACAGCAGAAGCUGAAGAAGACUCAAGUCUUCAGAGCCCACAGACACCAAUUUUUUUAAUGUUUUCUUUUAAAGAGAACCGAGUACCCCCAUCACCAAAAAGCCCUAAAUUUGUUCUUCAAACAAAAGUGGUUAUUGGUGAUGACCGAGUGAGCUCAGGCUGUGGUUCGGUGGCAGUUUUUGUUGCAUUUUUUUUCUUUUUAACCCUCAACAAGAUCUGGUACUUGGUGGAAGUAUUUAUGUUCAGCAAGCACUUUUUAGGUGUGGUAGGCUAAAGCUCAGAUGAACAGGGGGGACUCUUCAAGAGAAAGUGGGAUUUUCAGAGCACAAUUCAGAUGGAUAAACUGAAGAAAAGCAACACUUGACAUUUUUUCAGGCAUGAGCUCACAAUGACAAAUGUAUGGACUCAUGAGUUUAUGAAGCGUCCCAUACCGACAUGUGAGGACUGGCAGAUUUUAGACAGUAUUGGAAAAUUUACUUGAAGGAAGGCUGGAUUUUCAUGGAGGUCUGAAUGGGUUUAGGGUGAUGUACAGAGUGAUGUUUUCAAGAGCACCAUGAAGUGGAUUCUGGGGAGGAGGGGAGGGGAUGACAGGUAAGGGAGGGAGGUCCAGACGAGGCUCGGGAUCUGCUGUAGCAGCCCAAAAUAUGACUCUUUCUUCAUGGUAGCACAAAUAGGAGAUGAAGCAAUAUGUCGAAUUAUUUAUAAAUGUGCUUUGUACAUUUCCAAAGGUACCAUUUCACUGUGCUGAUGAGCUCAACACCGAGCCGCAUGGUGAACUACUGUUCGAUUGGUAAUGAUCCCAUUGGGCUGCCAUUCUUCUUGGCCACUGGGCUAGGGAUUGCUCCCAUGGUCAUAAAGUUUGAAAGAGAACACACUGUGAUGGCCAGUAUUUUAAGGUGAUGCAAAAACAAAAGCAAAAGCCGAAACCAACACCCAGAAUAACCGUGCCUUACGAUUGUGGGCAUUAGGAUUGAGCACCAUUGUCUGAUCCCCAGGUGUGACUCCAGGUCCCUGAGUGACUUCAAUAAGAGUGCUCCUUAAAAAAAUCAAUAAAAAAGAGCUCCGCGAUGCAGUUGAUUGAAUUAUGAGGCUAAAAGCUACCUCGUAUUUUCUUUGGAGGAACAAAUUGUGAGUCAGUGCAGGAUUUUCCAGAAGCACUCACUUUCCUUGUUUGUAAAAAGGAUUCUUGUUUCUCAUCUGUACUGUGCUUCAGAAUCCCAUCAAAGGUGCUCUGGCGUCUUUUUUUUCCCCUUUUUAUACAGAUGAUUAGUAACUCCUUGUGUAUAUUGUGAAUAGAAAAGUUUCUGAUCAACUUUUUGGAACAUUUUUUUACCUAUAUCCCAAAGCAUGUAAUAUAUACAUAAAGAUGGUUUUGUUAAACUGGUCCUUAGUCAUUUGUAUCAUUAGAAAUGAAGUUUUGUUUUUGUUUUGUUUUGUUUUGGCGGGGAGGGGAGUGGAGAAUUAAAACAGAAAAUUUAACUUAAUUCCUUUUUUGCAUAUUUGUAUAAUCCUGCUAGGAACAGAAAUGCCCUUUUGCAUAUCUUUUUCUUAUUCUGACUUUGAAGACCUAUUAUUUUCACAUAGGUCAAUAAAUUGAAAGUGUGCUACUGAAAA